CAUUCCGCCCCACCCCUCGCAAACACCAUCAUCACUACACGCCUACCGAAAUCAGGAAGCGCCGACGCACGCCGCUGUUUUCUUUUCCUCCUUUUAUUUGCGUCCACAUUUUGACGAGAGUAGCGUCGAGGGAAAACAAGUGAAGGGUUUGACAUAUUCGAUGUUGACGACCGCUGACAGGACUGAGGCUGUGGAUGCAGUCGACGGGCUAACCGGAGAGAGAGAGAGAAGGGGGAUGUGCGCGACAGCCCUGUUCUGAGCCACGACAACAACUCCUCUGUCAGCAGCAUGGGGCAGCGUCUAGGAAGGAGAGACUCACCAACAGACAAGGCCUUAUCAUCUGAAACCAAAGAUGAGAGAGGACCGCCAGCAGUAACCACACCGGCAGAACAGCCUGAAACACACGAUGAAGUCUUUGGAAGGGGUGAGACAGAUGCGAACCAGAACAAUGGCUGCAUCUCGGAGAAGUCGGCGGUGACUGACUCCACAGGCGCUGAGGGCCCCCACUCGGCCUGGACCUCCGCCAGCACAGCUGACCCUGACGCUGCCACGCCGCGCCCCCACCUGGCCCGCCUCUUCUCCCGAGAUGCCCCGGGCCGAGAGGACAACACCUUCAAAGAGCGACCCUCUGAAUCGGACGAGCUGCAGACUAUCCAGGAGCACAGCGGAGCGGCUUCAGAGUGCGGGUCGGAGAGCCCUGAACAGGACCUAGACUAGGCUAGCCUUUGCUCCCUCCAUCUCCCCUCUCAUCUUACGUCCAUCCUCUGCCAUUUGCUCUCUCGUUCCAAAGAGAGACGUGAACCCACACUUUUGACAACUACGCCAAAAAUUACAACUCUCACAAGCAUGGCAUCGGCAAGCAGCUCCGCACAGGCCGCCUUCGGUUUGGGCCGCAGGAAGAAGAACCCCGGCGUUCUGGAUCAGAUUGGAAAAUUCUUUGGAGGGGACAAGAAGAAGAAGAGCAAGGGUGACCAGAAGUCUCAGUCUGCUAAAGCCAAGAGGUCCAGUGGAGGGGACGGCAAAGGCACCCUGACUAGGAUCUUCAAAAUGUGACGAUAACAACAGAAGCGGAAGCCGCAGCUCUUCUCCAGCCAGACGCUGAAGUUCCAACAUCCCCUUAGAAGAAGUCAAGGACAAGAAUGAGUAACGCGGGCAAGGAGAGGAAGAAAAUGAAACUUUGUGAUCCUUUAAACUCACCUUUGAAUCUGAUAACACAUAAUAUUGUAUAAAUCUCUUGAUUCGUCUGUCCUGUUGUCUUACCCUUCACUGGCUGGCAGAUCGCCACACAAUCUGUUGCCUGCCCGCGUCUUUUCCUGCUCUCCUGCAUCCCAAAUGACCCCCUGACCCCUGCCAUGGCCAUAUAUGUGCUUGAGUGUCUGUCCUCCCUAAAAAACUCAAAUGUGGCUAAGCAGACCUGGACUGUGGGAGUACAGGCCCAGUUCAAGUUCUGAACUUGCCUGUUGUUGUUGUCCUAGGCUCAGGCUGCUUCUGUCUUUAUUGUCUUGUCGCUAUGUCUUUGUCAUGUCCUUACACGCUCCCUGUGCCCAUUAACAGGAAUUUGUGUUGAUUUUGUGGUACAAUUAACCCCACUUACAUUACUGUAGACUAGAGCCAUUUUGGUUCUAUUGUUUGUUUUUUUUCCCACUCCACCUCCCUGUGUCUGAUUUAAGUGUGAUGUCAUAAAUGUGAUGUACAUGUUUGUCAUUUGAAUGAUUUUGGUUAUAGAUAGACAUACUCAACCAUUUUAAAUAUGUUCUGCAAUGAGCACUGAAGCAACACGUACUCGUCAUUUCUAACAACGUAGCGCUAACAGCACAUUGCAAUUUUCUCCGUGUGCAUCGCUGGUCUUUAAACGUUCAGUUACUGACUCUAAAAAUAUGGCCAGCCUCUCGUCUUCAGCCUCUCUUCUUGCCUCCUUAAACCAACUGCUGUUUCGUUUUUCUUGAUUACUCAGACAAACAAACACAAUUUCAAAAAAGGUGCUCUCUGACUAACUAAGUGGUAGUGAAACAUUCUCUGGUGCUUCUGUCCAACUAUGUCAGAAAUAAAACAAUUGGUCACAGAAAUGCAGACCAUCCUUAUUCCAGAUGAAUUAAACUGCAGGUGUGUGCACGCAUGUGUGUAAAAUAUGGCAUCAAUCUACAAUGUGUGUGUCUGAAUCCACUUCCAAUGCAUCCUUUAGAUUGAAUGUAAAGACCCUCCUGUUUAAUAAAUUGAAUGGCCACUUACCUGAAAACAAAAAUAAAAAAGCCCGAUCCCUUC